ACAAGCCCAUGCCUUGUACCUACCUGCAAUAAUUCUUUUUUAUUUCAUGCCAUAUCAGCUACUGCUGUUGCAGUUCUUUGCAAUGUGACCAUACAUCACAAUCAAUUUGUUUACAAACAAAACUGAUUUGAAUUCGCCGAAUCCACAGCAACGAACAGCGCAACCAAUAAAUCUCAAAAAAAAGGCACUAACACCACCACCAACGGAAUAGUAGGAGAGAAAGCAUUGUGGUGCAUUCUCUAGAGAUCACCUUAUCGCAUCGUUUGGACACCUGUGCUGCUGUGCCGAACAGUGAUGCAGAUGCGAGAAUCAUGGUUUCAUUUUGGUGAGUGCAUCGACAAUAAAAGUGUGUCCAAAUUAACGCUCAAUCUAUUCAGAAGCACCUCGAUUAAGCACAAAAAAAAACACCCCGACGGAGAUGAAACUAUAAUAUAGUUUCGCACACAGCACCAUUCGGUUAAAGCAACUUUCUGAAGAGUGAAUAGAAUAAAAAACAUCGAAUAGAAGAAUAGUGGCACUGAAACGGGUUGAACUUAACUGUGAUUCGAUGUGUGAUCGUGUUUGUGUUUGUUAGUAGAAAUUUAAAAAAGUGUUUAAGUGAAAAAAACAAAACCAUUUCAGGAUUCAGGAGGAGAAAAAAAAGUGAAUUGAAAAACUCCUAAGAGCAAAGUUUUUAUCGAACUGGAGCCAACAUGAAUUAAUCACUCGCCUCAGAAGCAUACCUCGGCCGAAACGGUAAGCCACAUAUAUUUCCGAUGCAGAGCAUCCGGGCGGCGCCAACGCAGCUCACACGAAAGUGCAUUUCAAUCUCAAACUCCACCAAGCAAAACUAAUUUGCGAGAUGAAUCAAAACCUGGGAAGAGCAUGCUGCCCCAACAUGGGCCGAUCGUUGUCGAGCGCUACCAAUUUACUGCAUGCUGUCUCGGCGAAUGAGGAAAUCGAAUCCUGCGGCGAUAACAUAAUCAUUGAUGAAAUUACCGAAGUGGAACCGACAUCAGUCAUAUUAAAAUACUGCAAAAGAAGAUUUCUCCGGCCGUAUGUCUGCAUCCUGGGUCUCGUUGGAUUGCGGCCAAACGCUGUCGACGUGGACCUCGGUACCCUGCUGGGACACUUGCAUUCGAUCAUCGUGCUGCUGCUGUUGCUCGGCGGCUAUGUGCUGCAGUAUCUGUCGGGAUUUCGGCGUGACCGUGGUUUCCUAGAGCCGGAACUUCCUGCCGUCGAUCCGCAGUCCAAUGGCAGCGGGACUACAUCACCAGCGGUCUCCGAUGCUACCACAAUCAAGCCGAGCAUAGGCACCAUAAUGCGAGCCGCACUGGCAAAUGGCGGAGAAGGGAUUUUCAGUCACAUUAUCCCGGCAAUGCUGCAUCUCGGUGGCUAUGUAAUCGCAGUUUACAUUUACCGCUUCGCCGAUAAUGAACAUUUGCAGUGUCUAAUAGAAAGGGUUUUCAUCCUGAGCAGUGCUCCACGCCGACUGGUGGCGACUUUGUGGGUCUACUUUGUGCUCGGCGUCCUGUGGUUAUCCUGUUCGACUGCGUACAACUGUCUGAUGCUAGAGGAGCAAUCCCAGGCGAUCACUCAUCUGAAAUGGACCGGGGAUCUCAAUCCAACAGGGCGAGAUUGUGUCCGAGGCCUCCUCUGUUUGGCACUGUUUUUAAAUGACUUGGUUCAAACGGUCAUCAUCAUCAGCUACAGUCUCACGUGCUACCUGCUUCGCUGUUAUCUCCAAGGCUUGAAGGAAAAAUUGCUUCUGCACACCAUUGAACCACUCAACUGGAUGCGGGAAAUUUGCGAGUUUCGCAAGUUGUUGCAUCACCUUAACAGGAAAAUAUCGAUACCCGUGUGCUGCCUAACGUUGGUGAACUUGAGUUACACAUUCUCCAGCAUCGUGCAUCUUUUCCGGGAUAUGAAUACCUGCCCAGUGAAAAUGUUCAGCUUUACCGCCGCAAACCUGUUACUAUGGAUCAUCAUCUCGUUGACGCCGUUUUAUCAAGCAGCAUCACUCACCAUUUCCUGCCGGCAGACACAAACCUGUGGUCAUCUGAUCAGCAUUCGUCCGUUCGUGCACCGGAAUACCUCGUCGGAAGAUUUGAAUACCGUCCUGCUGUACGCCUCGUCACUUCAAAUGUCGGCCAAGUUGUUUCGGGUGCCAAUCAGCGCUCACUAUUUAUGCUUCUUCGUGUUUGUUUGUGCCGUUGGCAUCCUUACCUUCGGAAUGUGCCUCACCUUGGACGGCGUUUGAUGGUCUCUCGAUAAUAGAUAUUGGCAUUGGGACAGAACAAACGAACGGAUAACCAUUUUGCCCGAAGGACAAAAUCCACUUUAAAGUUUGCUGCAGCAAGUAAUUUUCGAUUUCCCAAUGUAAACGUUGGAAUUGGAAAAAAAGUGCAAAUAAAUAUCUACUGCAUUACACUGGACCCAGAGCCGAACAGUUUCGCAGGAAGAACUGCCGAACCAGGGUAAAUAAGGAAACUACCACAUCGUGAGUAAACAAUCGAAUUGUCAAGAGUGGAGAAAAGCUAUUCUCCGGUGUUUAUUUAUUUGUAGCGUAACGAGUAGAAAUUGAUUAAAUUAUAUGGCCAAUAGAGACUAGAACAUAUCAUAAUUAGGUGCCUAAUUAUAUUGCAUGAAUCAAUUGGUUUUAUUUCUUCCGAACUUAUGCGUGCUUGUGUAAUUGUGUUUGUGUAAUUGCUUUCUGACAUAGUUGAAAAGUAUCAUUUUUCAUCUAGUUGAGAGGCCCCAAUUUGAAAUAUUUUAGCCAAAGGUACAUGAUCUUUCUAGACGGAACCAGAACGUUUCUACGAAAAAAACCGGAAGAAAGCCCACACGUGUUGUGUUUAAGAUACGUCAACAUGAUUAACAUUAACAUAGGAUUAUGCUCAGCCAGUUUUUGCAUUAGAACCUUGAAUGCUGGAGCAA